AAAUACAAAUCUGCAUAUUGAUUUUUUAAACAAACAAGCAAAUCCCCCUCCCUUCGCCGCCGCCCCCCCGCCCCGCACACAAGCCUGCCUCUGGGAGGGAGAUAACCAGGUGGAAUCUCACUCUGUUUCCAUGGACAACCCGUCCAUUAUCACCCAGGUGACUAACCCCAAAGAGGAGGAGAUCCUGUCCUGCACUCAGGAUAAAGUGUCCCAAUGUAAUAUCAGCUUGAAGAAGCAGAGGAGUCGAAGUAUCUUUAGCACCUUAUUCUGCUGCUUUCGUGACUACAAUGUCGAACCACCAUCUACCAAUAGCACCAGUGCUCUUCCUCCUUUGGUGGAGGAGAAUGGAGGACUUCAGAAGGGUGACCAGAUGCAGGUCAUGCCUAUACCAAGUGGAAUAUACUAUUUCCACGGGACUGAAGCAGUGCAGCAGUCGUUUCACUACAAGCCACCAGCUAAAUACCUCCUGCCAGAACUGACAGCAUCAGACUAUGGGAAGAAGUGUGUGGUCAUUGAUUUAGAUGAAACUUUAGUGCACAGUUCAUUUAAGCCAAUUAGCAAUGCUGAUUUCAUCGUUCCUGUUGAAAUCGAUGGAACCAUACACCAGGUUUAUGUAUUGAAGCGACCACAUGUGGACGAGUUUCUUCAGAGGAUGGGAGAGCUCUUUGAAUGUGUACUCUUCACAGCCAGUCUAGCCAAGUAUGCGGACCCAGUAGCCGACUUAUUGGAUCGCUGGGGUGUGUUCAGGGCAAGGCUCUUUAGAGAAUCCUGUGUUUUCCACCGUGGAAAUUAUGUGAAGGAUCUGAGUCGACUGGGACGUGAGCUGAGUAAAGUUAUUAUAGUAGAUAAUUCUCCUGCAUCUUACAUCUUCCAUCCUGAAAAUGCAGUGCCUGUGCAGUCCUGGUUUGAUGACAUGACAGACACAGAGCUGCUAGACCUUAUUCCUUUCUUUGAAGGACUAAGCAAAGAGGAAGAAGUUUACAGUAUGCUUCAUAAACUCUGCAACAGGUAGCCCUCAACUUUGACUGACUUCUGCUCCUCGAGUGCAGUCACCAGAGGCCGUCUCCAUCUUUUUCAGCUCUUUCAAAUGUAAGCUUUGGGGAGGUCACCCCUGUCAGAAGUGCUACUCUUGAUCUUCCUGUUACAUUGGACACCAAGGACAAUCAUGAGUGAUGCUAUUAAGCCUUCAGAAGCCUGACUCCUAAGGUCAUGUGUUCAGACUACUUUUUUAAAGGAAAAAAAAAAAAAAAGAAGCUAUUUUAAAUGGGACUCUUUUAAUGAAUUUCAUAAAUGGACAUCUUUUACUGGAUCAGCUUUUCUUAAAACAUGCCAAAAAAGAAGCUUGUAUUUCAGCAGUUAAGUUUCUCUCCCUUUCUUCCCCUCCCACUAUGCAGACAAUUUUACCCCCCUGCUUAGAGCAGUUGACCUGACUCUGAAUUUUUUCUUACAGAAUGAAGUGCCUUUUUGAAUGUUAUUUUAAGAUAAAAAUUCAUUUUUGUAUAAGACGUAUUUCCAGACAUCUUUUAGUCUUGUAUUGUCUAAAUGCUUUAAAAGGAAAAAGGAAAAAAUUUUAUAGAGCACUGUAAUAUAUAACAAAGGAAAAAGUUGAAACAAAGAUGCUGGGUUCCUGUCUCCACAAUGACAUUAAGUUGUAUUACGUUGUGUCACGCUCAGAAGGUUUAAGCGUUUGUGGGAGGGGUGAUUUGGGUUGAUUACGUGGUGGUUUCACUGCUAAGAUUUCGGGCACAGUUUUGAACAUAUCUGCAGUUGUUUGAGUAUUAGGGAAUGAUGGAAUUGAGAAAUUAAGGUGGCUACUAGACCUAAAGCACCUUUUAUUCUAGACAAAUGAAGUUCUGUUGUCUCUGCUUACGCACAACUGCCAUGCCUCUCGUUUUUUGGAAAACCAUUACCUUGGGAGAUGGGGAGGAGAUCUAUUUAUUAGUUUAGGAUUCUUUCCU